AUGUUCACGGCUGGGGGAUUCUUUAACUUUGCGUGAAUGAUAGUUGGAAGUGUAUGGGAGUUUGAAAGCGAUGGCUGCUAUGAUGAUUUUUACAACGGCUGGGCUUUAACUUUAGCAAUAUUAAUUGUUGAUUAUGUGAGCAUUGGAUUAGUUUGCUGCUUGCUAAGCUGCUUUUGUAUAUGCUCUGGAGCAGUGAUUUUUGGGAUGAGCAAACUAAAUAAAGAUAUUAUGCUCGAAGAACUAGAAAAGAAUUUGAAAGAGGCGCAAAAAGAGAUGCAAAAAGAGGUAGAACGAGAGCGUGAAAAUCUAGCUAAAGCAAACGCUGAAUUAAAUAAAAAAGAAGGGCAAGAAGAAAAUCAGGCUUAA